UUAUUUGUUGACAAAUUUUGUCGUGAAAAGUUUAACAGAGAGUGGUUCUCAUUUGAAUAUUAUUUUAAUCUCUAUAAAAAUUAAGGAUUUCGAAUUAUUUCUAUCACCCUCCAUCAUCAAUUUACAAUUGCUGUCUGAGGUUUGCUCAUCGCCUUUGUGGUAGUCAUUUAUUAAAUUCCCUAUUGUGCCGCUCUGUGGUGCGUCUUAGUGGUCUCUGAAUUCUCUGAUAACAGAAUGCAAAAAUGGCUCACAUCUUUCCAGUGUUUCUAGCUCAUUUGCUGCAUGUUGAGGAAGAAUUUCUGGAUGGCGAGCAUGUACACAUACAUCGCAUUGAACGGAAACGAUUUCGUGACCGAUGUAAUCCAUUUGAUAUCCCAGAUAAAGAGUUCAUCAACAACUUUCGGCUGUCUAAAGAUAUAGUUCAUGGCAUAGUGGACAGACUGAGUCCAUAUCUAGCUAGAACGCGUGCGUACAGCUUAACUCCAGCUCAGAAGAUACUAGCUGCUUUGAAAUACUUGGCAACAGGAAAUUACCAGCGAGGAGAUGUCGCCGAUCAUAACAUGAUACAUCUUAGUCAGUCAUCUGUCAGUCGCGCUUUAAAUGAUUUCCUAAAUGCAGUUGAUGCUGAGCUUGUGACAGAUGCAAUCAAGUUUCCUAGCUCUGAGGACGAGAGAGCAAAAAUCAAAGUAGGCUUCCAAGAAAAAUAUUUUAUGCCAGGAGUGAUUGGAGUAAUAGACUGCUUAAGGGUUGCAAUCAAGCGACCAAAUAAUGACGAGGAGGAAUUUGUAUGUGAGGUGCAUGGUUAUUCUCUGAAUGUACAACUGAUCUGUGAUAGCAACCUUAGAAUCCUGAAUGUCAAUCCAAAUCAUGGUGGAUCCAAACAGGAAGCAACAAUUUGGAAUUUGUCAAACAUUCAAAAUUACCUACGCCUGAUCGUUGAAAAGGGGGAGGAAGAGUCUUGGCUGAUAGGAGGAGGUAACUACCCUUUACAGCCAUGGCUCAUGAUCCCUAUCUUUGGGGUUGACGCAAAUACCCCUGAAGGCCGCUACACGACUGCCCAUUCCAGAUCACAUAAUGUUGCCAAGAGGCUCAAUCAAGCACUCCAGAACGUGUGGCAUUGCAUGAAUUCGAGUAAACCACUUCACUACACUCCAGAAACUGCCAAAAAAAUUGUGAGGACUUGUUGCACGCUGCACAACAUUGGACUAUCAAUGCCUGGCUACUUGCAGAAUAUAGAAGAACCAGUCAUAGAAAUCCGAGAACAAUAUGUAGAUAUUCUUGAGAGUGAGGUGCAUGCCUGUGGAGAGGCGAGGCGCAACCAAAUCAUACAGAUGUUCUUCUCUUAGACAGUAUGAGUGAACAUGUCUUAGGGAAAGCUUGUGUGCCACCUCAUGGUAAAAUGUGUGGAUAGAUUCAAGUAUUCUACUUAUACUCAUGAUGAAAACGAAGGUCAUUUUAUAUUUUUCUCUCAUCUGAAGUGUAACCUAUUGAAGUUAAAUUAGAAGAAAUGGCCUACAACUAAUUUCAUGAUGAAAAACCACCCAAAGUAGAUAAUUUUCAGAGUUUAGCUUUAAGUGCUCCAUGGAAAUUUGAUGUAAAUAAUUUUAACCAGCCUCCUUUGGAACUGGACCAAGUUUUUCAGAGUGACAUGAAUCCGCAUUAUGGGAAGUAUUCAGUCAAAGAGUAGUUACAAAUUCGACUGCUCAUUUUAUGAUCCUCAAGUUGAAAAUUCUGAGUUAAAAAGUAUUUCAGAUGGAGAAAAUAGAAACAAUAAUUUAUCUUUUAAAGCCAAAGGCAGAAUAAUACCUCAAACUUAUUUUUCUCGCUUUGAAUUCAAAAUAGGUUUAUUCUUUGAGUUCUUCACUAAGUAGGUAAUGGAAUGCCUGCUAAUAUGGAAUCAUCAUCUUUUUUUUGUUAAGUCCAUAAAAUCUUUGAGAAAAAAAUGUCAAUAAUCACAGAUUACUCUGCAAUAAACUAAAAAGAUGAAAGAUCCCAUGUAACAUAUUGACUUGAACAAAAAAAGCCUACCUAUGUAAGGAGUUUUGAAAAUUACAUUUGUGAAAUAGAUCAGGACUUGUAACAAUGUAGGCUUUGACUGCAACUUAUAGAUGGCGACAGUGCCAAACCUUGCAACUCCAUUUGUAACAUUGAAAAUCUCCUGUGACAUUUUACUUCAGUUGAGAAGGUCAGAUUCUUGUCUUUGUACAGAAUUUAAUUUGAUUUUUCUACGUAUUUCCAAAAAUAUUUUUACUAAAUUGUCAAGCAGGAUGUUUCAAAAAAAAUAAAAUAAGAAGAGAAAAUUUCAAAUACUAUGAUUGAGAUCCAUGGAUAAGAAGUCUCACCAUCAACAUGUAUUCAGUUUUCUGCAUGUUCAAAAGAGGGAAGAUGGCUUCCCUAAGUAGUGCACUUAGCAGAACAUUGCAAAACGAUUGUCGAAAUUUGCAAUAAAAUUUCUGAAAUAAUUGCAAUAAAACUGUGAUGAAUCCAUGUUGGGCCUGUCGCCUAGCUCGCCACCUCUUUCAAGCGAGUAAAAAUUUAAGCACCGGGUACAGAAAAGGCACUUCUUGAUUACGAUGUCUCAGAAUCUCUGAGAAGGUUCUAUUUGUCAUGAUCGAAGCAAAAGGGUAUAAUUCAUUAAAACUGUACCGUUUAUUCUUUAUGAUUUUGCAGUGCUCUAAACAAAAUAUCAAAAAAUUUACCCAAUAGUUUCCUCAAUAAAAUAUAAAUUAGCAGCGGAGAUUCUGAAACACUGCAACCAAGAAGUGUCUUUUCUGCACGCAACACGUCAAGUAUUACUCAAUUUAAUUUUGCAACAUUUUUUCCCACAAUCUUCCUGUAUGGAUUUGGUCAAUAGUUGCAGAAAAUGUGUAAUAAUCAAGCAAUUUUUUUGUUUCUAAGUGACCACUUUGGUUGCGACGUGUCACUUGAGUGAGGCACUUUAUAUUUCACUCUUUCUAGCGAUCCAUUGUGAAUCUGUCAUUUCUUACAACAGCUGUUUCAAACAAAAAUACUUUCUAUUAGUGUUAAUACUCUUGCCUAGUCUAGUCGUACGAGAGAUUGAAAUUUUAUCCUCAUCUGUUUUUUCAUACUUCAACAGUUCGACUACAUCUUGCAAUAAGGAACAACUACUUCUAGCUAAUACAUUAAAGCACUUAUCUGGUUUGGAAAACAAAUGCUGCUCACGCUGUGGCUAGAAUUAGCCAGAAAUAAUAAGAAUAGUUCUUUAAGGCAAAAAGUAGUUAAUUUGGAAGUGAGGCGUUUUAUUUUGCUCUAGGUUUGUUACUUUUAUUACAAAAAUACUGUUUAUUUUAUUAAUUAACUCUCAUUAUUUUGGGUCUCGUCAAAGUUACAAUAUGCUCUUUUUUCCCCUUCAGUGUUGGCUGUUACACCUUGAAAUUUCUAUUACGGAAUAAAAAAAAUUUUUGGUUGUCAUUUUAUCAA